AAAAAUUGAAUCUUUUGCGUCUUCAACCUUCUCUUCUAUUGCUUUUCUUGUGGGUUAGGAAAUACAUAUAAUUAAGUUAUUGCUCGUUUAUUUUUAUUUUUUUUCUAACCUACGAUCGCCCUAACGCCUCUUUGUUUAUCAAUUGGAAGAAGCUUGCAUAAAUGGAGUCCUCCAAGGAGACCGGCUACCAACCUCGAGAAGGCCCGAUUCUCUGCAUCAACAACUGCGGCUUCUUCGGAAGCGCUGCCACGAUGAACAUGUGCUCGAAGUGCCAUAAAGACAUGGUCUUGAAACAGCAGCAGGCCCAGUUUGCCGCGGCAUCCAUUGAGAACAUGGUCAAUGGCAGCAUCAAACAGAAGGAGCCCCUCCCUGCUGAUGCAGUGACUGUGGAAGUCGAAUUAAAACUCGACUCCCCUCGUCCGACCCUUGACCCAGUGCCGAGCGAGCCGAAGCCAAAGGAGGGACCAAGCAGGUGCACCACCUGCCGCAAGCGUGUGGGCCUGACCGGUUUCAGUUGCAAGUGCGGAAAUCUCUUCUGCUCGGUGCACCGCUACUCAGACAAACAUGAGUGCCCAUUCGACUACCGGUCGGCCGCUCAAGAAGCCAUCGCAAAGGCAAACCCUCUGGUUAAAGCCGAUAAGCUCGACAAGAUCUGAGAGGCUUUCGCGUUGCUCUUCUAUUUAUGUAUCCGGUGAUGGUUCGUCAUGUAAGUCUUGCCGAUUGUCCGCGUCUCCAGACUUUGUUGGGUGGUGUUUGGGGGGCAAAGAUAGGGGGAGAGAUUGUGGUUUGUGGAAACUGUGGAGUCGUGUGUCAAAUCGGCUAGGGUUGAUUACUUUGGUUUGGUGCAGUGUGUACAAGCUGUUGAAUAACAUUAUUAUUGUGGAAUUUGUAACUUGAUCAUCUUUUUAUGUUGUA